AUGUGUGACUGCUUCAGCAGGAUGCAGACUCAGCCCACUGUCGCCCAAAGUGACGCCCACUCCUUCCUGACAGAGGAGAUGAUUGCCGAAUUCAAGGCUGCCUUCGACAUGUUUAACACUGAUGGUGGCGGUGACAUCAGCACCAAGGAGUUGGGUACAGUGAUGAGGAUGCUGGGCCAGAACCCAUCAAGAGAAGAGCUGGAUGCCAUCAUUGAGGAGGUUGAUGAAGAUGGUGAGGUUACAGUGAAAAAGAUCAAAAGAUAA